UAUACACGUUUUGUGCGUCAAGCGGUAUGGUAACUGGAGCUAACGCGUAGCCACCCUGAAGUUAUUUUUUUAUGGCCAAAACAACAGUAGUUCACAUUGUAACAUUUACAAUAUGAGUUUACAUUUAAUAUUCGUGUUUCCGGCUUAAACAUCAUUAUGCCUUUAGUUCUGUUUCGUGCGAAUUAGUUAGGAAACUUGUCCGUAAUGCAAGACAAAGUUGUCGACUACUAAUAUCUGACAGAUAUUGUGUUUCCGCUUUUAUGUCUAUUUAAACUAGCGUUCAUUACUGGAUUAAAAUCCGAUUAUCCUAUUUUUUUACAGCCAUGGCCGAAAAACACAACUGUUCCUGUUGCUCCCACCCUACCUCAUCUCCCAGUGUUCAUCAGACACUGAGUGAAAUGGAUUUUGAACGAGGUAUCUGGUCUGCUGCAAUGGAUGGGGACUUGAAGAGAGUAAAGUCCCUUGUUCAAAAGGGGACAGACCCAAACCUGAGAGAUUCUGCUGGGUACACAGCUCUGCACUAUGGAAGCCGUAGUGCUCAUCUUGCUGUAUGCAAGUUUCUUCUUGAGAAUGGUGCAUGUGCAUCACCUCAGACACCAGGCGGGGCCACGCCACUCCAUCGAGCAGCUUACUGUGGUCAUAUUGAUGUAGUUAGACUUCUUCUGCAACACAGAGCAGAUCCAAUGAUCUGCGACGAUGAUGGGGCUUCCCCUUUACAUAAGGCUGCAGAACGUGGUCAUCAUGAGGUGUGUCGCCUGCUAUUUGAGCACUGUCCAGCACUCUGUCAUCAGGAGAACAAGAGGCUUCAGCUACCCUACCAGCUGGCACAGCAGGGAGACCUACAGGAACUCUUAAAACCAUCCUGCUUAGGAUAGAUACAGAGCAGCAGGGGCAUGCUUUGAUUUCUGAUUUUACAAAGGGAAAAUUACACCUCACAUACUCUGGAAACUGUAAAACCUGACAAAUGACAGAACUGUGCCAUAUAUUUUACUGCAGGGUUUCUUCCCUGUAACUGAAGAACUGUGGCUGUAUCAUAUUCAUCCAUAACCCUCCUCUUCUUCAGCUGUCUGUUGCACUCUUCAUCUCCUCUGGCUCACUUACUUUUCUCCAGUCUAACUUCUAAAAAGGCA